GGUACUUUAAUAUCGUCAUAGGCCCCAGCCAUUUCUCGCAACCAUCCAAAGGCUGUCCACAAACACAAAAUGGACACAUAAUCGUCUCCUCACUCCUCGCCUAGACCAUAAUCUCGAAUCCAUACUCAUCGCCAUUCCAAUACUGGAAACCCGAGAAUUCUCCCGACACAACGCAACACCCAUUGUGACGGCGGCCCUCGCGCCCGCCCCACGACAACGCCAUGGAGGAGAAGAGAGGCCUCUACCUCCCGGCCGCCCGACCCAACCGCCGAGGCCGUUCCAUCAUGCUUCUCAUGAUGCUCUGCUUCGCCGGCUACACCGUCUGGUGGGCCGUCUCGAGUCCGGCCGUCGUCCCCCGCCCGCAUGGCCCCGACACCGUCGUGCCGCAUCCGUCGACGCCCGAAGUGCAGAAGCAGCUCGAACCCGCCGACCGCAAGCUGGUACCCCUCGAGGCUCACAUCAUGAGCAAGUGUCCGGAUGCCAGGGAUUGUCUGCGCGACAUGAUUCUACCCGCCAUGAUACAUGUCCACGAGAAGGUCAACUGGACUCUAUCGUUCAUUGGGACUCCCACCAAAAAUGACGGUGUCGAUUGCCGACAUGGUCCCGACGAAUGCAUGGGAAACAUCAUCGAGCUCUGCGCCGCCAAGCUAUACCCCGAUCCCAAGAUCAACCUCGGGUUCACCAUGUGCAUCACGCGCGACUGGAGGAACAUCCCCAAGAGAGACCUCAUCGAGGCCUGUGCGCUUGAACACGCCAUUGAUUUCCAGGCGCUGAACGACUGCGCCAUCAAGGAAGAUGGAGCGUACGGCGUCGGCAUGCUGCGGGACAGUGUGACGAGGUCGACAGAGGCCGGCGUGAAGUUGAGCUGCACCGUCCGGCUCAACGAAGAGGUAUACUGCAUCCGCGACGGAGGGGAAUGGAAAGACUGCCCGCACGGUCCGGGCGUGAAUGACCUCGUGAUGAACAUUGAAAAGUUGUACCAACGGCCGGCUUAA